CCUUUGUUGGGAUAUAAAGCAUCUUCCCUGGAGCUUUCUUUCAGUUAGACCUUCCUACCGGCACAGACAUGUCAUACGUAUCUGCUCCUGGUUACCAACCUGCCUACAAUCCCCCCGUCCCUUACACUACAGCUAUUGCUGGGGGCCUGCGGGUGGGAAUGGCUGUGGUCAUUCAGGCUGUUGCUCCUAGUUCUAGUAAUAGGUUCGUUGUGAACUUUUCCACUGGUCAGUAUGAUGGUUCGGACAUUGGCUUCCACUUGAAUGCUCGCUAUGAUGGACGCGAUCGCGUCGUCUUUAAUUCCUUUCAGUGUGGGGCCUGGGAGAAAGAGGAGAUGAAGCGAGACAUGCCAUUUAAGCUUGGGAAAGUCUUCCUACUAGUCUGUGAGAUCACCCAAAAAAAUUAUCAGGUUACUGUAAAUGGAUCCCCAUUCUACGAGUUUGGUCACAGGAUUCCUCUGGAGAGGAUCCACUGGCUUCAGGUGUCUGGAGAUGUCACUAUUCAGGCUCUCUGCAUCAUUGGGAAUGGCCCUGCAUCUGGAGCUAGUGGUGCUAAAGGAGCAGGUCUCGUCAUGUCGGCCACACAGGAGAAUCUCCCGCCUAUGCUGGGUCCCCCAAACUUGCAUCCGGUUGUCCCAUUCAAAGCAAACAUCCGCGGAGGGAUGAUUCCAAAACGUACGGUGAUCAUCAAAGGACUAGUGAACUCCAAUGCAAAGACUUUCCACAUCAGCUUUAAAGUUGGAUACACAAAUGACAUUGCUUUGCACAUCAACCCUCGUCUCAACAAGAACACACUGAUCAGGAACAGCUUUAUAAAUGGAACCUGGGGCGAGGAGGAGAAGGAGGUCGCCAAAAACCCAUUUCAUCAGGGCGAGUACUUUGAUAUCUCUAUACGUAGUGGCGAGAAGCAGUAUAAAGUCUAUGUGAAUGGCUACCACUGCUUCAACUAUACUAAUCGUCUCACCAAUCUGCAGCAAGUGGACACCCUGGAAAUAGAAGGGGAUGUAAAACUCUGCUUUGUACAUUUCUAAUCUUCUUCCAACACAGCAAGAGUACUUUGCCAUUUCUCCUUCUAUCGACAUUUUAUAGAACGCUUCCUGAGUUUCUCUGCUACUGAUUUUGCCAUUAGGAAAAGUAAACCUUUAAAAUAAGUGAAUGUAAAAUUGAUGAGGCUGCUAUUCUAAGCA